AAAGCCAGUGUUUCUGCUGCUUAAAGCCCACAGAUGAAAAGAGUAUGGAGCGCAAGGAAGAGGCAUCAGUUCAUUUUUCCACACAUGGGGGCGAGGGGGCUCUUGAAGCUGAAGGCAGAGCUGAGUCAGAAGAGGAACCUACUUCCAAGAAGACAGCACUUGAGGAUCUGCUAGGGGACUCUUUCUCGAAGACAGAACAGCCCAGCAAAGGAAUUGAGAGGGAAACUGAACUUUACAGAAGAGAGGCAUCUAUCCCACUUAGUUACUGCCCUCUGACAUGGUGGAGAGAAAACAGCUCCAAAUAUCCUUUGCUGUCUCCACUUGUCAAAGAAUAUCUUUCCAUUCCUGCGACCUCUGUUCCAAGUGAGCGUGUCUUUUCAACUGCAGGAGACAUAGUCACUGCCCAGAGGUCACAAUUGCUGCCAGAAAAUGUAGACAUGCUUAUAUUCUUAAAAAAGAACAUGACCAUAUCUUAGGCUGUUCUGUAUAGGUCAUUACCUCAUUACCUAGGUCUUAGCUCUUUUUCCAUGCUUAAGAAAAUUUUGUUCAUUGUUUUGCACUCUGAGUUUUAAGACAGCACUACUUUGAUAGUUACACUAAUUAUGGUUAAU